AUGGCAGCGGAAUACGCUCUGCUGAGGAACGCAGAUGUGUCGCCGAGAGGGAAUCACGAGCUGACGCCGCACGCAAGAGCUUCAGACGUAGACAAGCAGACGGCCACGAGAAAGACGAUCGAUGACGACUUCUGGUUCGAUGCCAAGCGCUUCCCCUCGUUUGAAGAGCUCGCAGCGCCGGAAGGCGGCGAAGGCCGCCACCAGUGCAAAAAUAUCGGCAUCUACGUGAAUGUGUUGGAGAUACAAGAGGUAGACCAGAUCAAGGAGACUUUUACGGCCAUCUUUGUCUUCAUCUUCUCCUACAUCGAUCCGACGUUGAAGGACUAUUUCCCCGAGGUCAAGUACAUUGACGCAAAGAACAGUGUCAAAAAAGUGCAGGCUCAGAUCAAAGGAAUCGAGAAAGGAAACGGGCGAAUCUGUAUGGUGGACAAAGAUGGCCAUGCGCUUCGCAUCUUCAGGCGCGAUCUUCUGGCGGUGGCCAUCGGCGACGUGAAGUGGGACGAGCACAUGAAGCUGGACGCUCGAAACAUCCUUGUUGCUUGCGGCUGA